CGAAAAAAAACUGGCGCGAAACCACAGCGGCCAAGAGAGCUAGCCUUCCCGCCAAAAAUUCCCACCACCCCUUUUCUUGUCAUUUUCUUUUUCAGAGGCCAAGAGAACGCUUCUUUAUCACAGCGAGAGUCCAAACCCUAACCCUAAUUUCCAUCAACUCUCUCAUCAUGGGCAGGAAGAAGAGCGAGAAGGCGUCCCAUUCUCUCUCUAGAUGCGAUCAAUUUCUCUCUCCAGGCAUCGCUUCUCCUGAAUCAUGUGAAAGAUCGACCAGCAAUGGUGGAAAGCCCUGCAACGAAUCAGAGACCUCGCCGAAAUGCAAGAGAGAAGCGGAGAAGUCUUCAUAUCAAGGGCCUUCUCCAAAGCGUCGUGCCUGUGUUCAAGAGAAGCAAGGAUCGCCUCUGAAAAGAGGAAUGGAGAAUCCAAUUAAGCAAAAUGGCCACGAAAAUCAGGGAUGUCACAGAGUUCCUGAUGCCAGAUUCUCAGUUUUGCCUAAAUCCCCUCGGAAAAAGCUCUCUAAUCUCUUUCCUCAAACACCAAAUUGGAAUCCCAAAGAUCCUGCUCAGCUGCAGUUGGUGAAGACAGCACUUCAUGUAUCUAUGGCACCCGGUUUGAUGAUUUGUAGAGAAGAAGAGCAGGAUAAAAUAUUUGGGUUUUGUCAGGAUUGCAUAAACCAGGAGAAGGCUGGGAGCCUUUAUAUAUCCGGGUGUCCUGGUACUGGAAAAACCCUUUUAAUGGAGAAAAUGAAGGACCUUUCUGGUGUUUGGGCAAAAGAUGCUGGACAUUCUCCUCCUGAUCUGUUUGCUAUAAACUGCACUUCGCUUGCAAAAACCUCUGAUAUUUUCAAUAAGAUACUUGAUAAACAUCAAGGGAGAAAGAAGCUUAAUAGCAGUUGCUCACCUCUCCAACAACUUCAGAAGUUAUUUUCUUCCAAGCAAAAUUCUUCUGCUGGGAAAAUGAUGUUGAUGAUUAUUGAUGAGAUGGACUAUUUAAUCACAAGAGACCGAUCUGUGCUUCAUGAUCUUUUCAUGCUCACUACUUUGCCAUUCUCCAGAUGCAUAUUAAUAGGAAUAGCAAAUGCUUUGGACUUAACAGAUCGGUUUCUUCCCAAACUGAAUUCUUUGAACUGCAAGCCUGCUGUGGUUACAUUUCGAGCUUAUUCUAAAGAUCAGAUACUCAAGAUUCUUCAACAGAGGCUCAUGGCUUUCCCCUAUACUGUUUUCCAACCACAGGCUUUGGAACUUUGUGCAAGAAAAGUUGCAGCUGCAUCUGGAGAUAUGAGAAAGGCUCUUCAUUCCUGCUGGGGUGCCAUUGAGAUGCUAGAGGCAGAGUUGAGGGAAUCCAUAUCAAAUCUAAGUUCGUUCUCAAAUGAGAAGCCUUUGGUUGUUCAACCGGUUGCUCGUGCUCGUGAAAGCUUAACAGAACAGGAAAUUAACAUUGUGAGAAUUGACCAUAUGGUCAAUGCCUUGUCAAAAAUGUUCAAGUCAAUAAUUGUGGACACUAUUCAAUCUCUUCCACAGCACCAACAGAUCAUCCUAUGCUCUUCUGUGAAGCUUUUUCGCCAAGGAAACAAGGAUACCACUCUUGGCAAGCUUAACAAAUUCUACUCAGACUUCUGUAAAUCAGCCCUAAUCCAUCCGGCCAGCAUGACCGAGUUUUCAAACAUGUGCAGAGUGCUUAAUGACCAGGGACUCUUAAAAUUGGGUCAGUCUCGUGAAGACAGACUCCGGAGAGUUGCAUUAAAAGUUGACGAAGCAGACAUAACUUUUGCAUUGCAGGGUAUCCGAUUCUUCCGUAACUGCCUUCAGUAGCGUGAGAGUUCUCAAACAUUUUCAUCUCUUCCAUACUCAGAACUGAACCUACAAUGGGUUCUGCUCCUAUGCCAUCCUCCAAGGAGACUUUGCUCUUGCAAAAAGGUGUUAUUCCCACUUACAUUUACCCUUACCAUUUAAUCAAUGAAACAUUACAAAAACACAGUUAUAAACCUCAAUUUAGCAGUUUGAUGGUUGGUAAUGCCAUGUUAUUUAAUGCUUUUUUUUAUUUUUAUGGCUAGUAUUAAUAUUGAAGAAUGAAGAAGAAAGGAAUGAAAGAUUAAGGAUGGUAUGAAAGACAAGUAUAGGGAAUAAUGCACAGCUAUUGAAGAGGCCAGCCAUGAUUCUUGCAUUUCAAAAAUAUUACCAAUGUUGGCAAAGAUAUGUUAGAAUUAUUGUUGUGGUUCAUUAGUACCAUCUCUCUCUCUCUCCAUUUUUAUUGUUUGUAACACACCUAUUUCUUCUCAUGUAAGUUGAAUAUUAAAUCUGAGAAUCAUUAUUUUAUCU